GUUAUAGAUCAUCCCGUGCGAAAUACACAAUCAUUUUGGAAUCUUCAACUAUCUUUUUAUAUCGUACUCACCAUUCUAAUCCCAUCUAGUCUGUCUGGACUACAGUAAAACCUUUAUUGUUAUCAUUCUCAUUCUACCUACUUCAUUCAUGCGUCUAAUCCUUUUCAACGCUAACACUUUAAUUUGAUCUACUUUGGUUUCUUGGCAUAAUUUGAGGUUUCUGUCACAAGAUUAUCUUCAAGAACCUACUGGUCGGUCGAUACCUAAGGUGCAUGUAUGUAUACGAAAUACGAUAUUCUUUGUCCCACCAAAUCAGUUCUUAUCCCUAUCUUUGUGCAUACACCGGUGGAUGCAUUAAUUUCCCCUUUCACUUCCAGCUCUACUUUUUACCAUUAGUGAAAUUUAUUAAUUAAUUUCUACCAUAUUUAUUUAUUUAUUUAUUUAAGCAAAAACACCUUCUUGAUAAAUUUUGAAAACAGUCUGGUCCUGUCCUUUUUAAAUCCUACGAUCAACCCAAUAUUACCUACAUCCAUACCAACACUCCUUUAACAGAUGCCGUAGCUGAUUUUGGAAAUUCCUCGAUUCUUACUCUCCUAGAGUAUCCUACAAUUUCUCUAAUCGACCCCUCCGUUAUCUCGAGACCCUUACCUACGACCCCUUAUCGAUCAACUUUCAUCACAACCCUCACUCGUUAUAACUACGACACAAUCGAAAAAUUGAAGCCCGUGAGGGAAAAGCUUUUCUAUAUCCUCGAUUCUUUGCCCAACCUUACCAUGAGGCGUGGUACUCUUCUAUUCCUGGUCAUCAACUUUAUAGUAAUUGGUUUCCUUGUAAAUGCCUUCAGCACCCUCAUAUCACUACUCUUCAUAGAUGGAGCUGCAGAUGCUAUUCACCGCUCCGAAAUACCUGCGCCAGGUUCCGAAUUGAUUGAGAAUCGCACACAGCUUAUUCCCAAGAUCAUUCAUCAGACAUAUAUCAAUGAGUCGAUUCCUGAGCGAUGGAAGGCGGGACAACAAUCGUGUAUUGAAUUGCAUGAUGAUUAUGAAUAUAAGUUAUGGACAGAUGAAGCCUCAAGAGCUUUCAUUGCAACGGAAUAUCCUUGGUUCCUCGAUACAUUCGACAGCUACCCCUUCCCAAUCCAACGCGCAGAUUCUAUCCGCUAUUUCGUAUUAGCACACUACGGAGGCAUAUACAUCGAUCUCGACGACGGCUGUAAACGACGUCUCGAUCCCCUCCUCAGUUAUCCCGCCUGGUUGCGCAGAACAAUCCCCACCGGAAUCAGUAACGAUGCUAUGGGAUCCGUCCCCCAACACCCCUUCUUCCUCCGCGUCAUCGAAUCUCUCCAAGCAUAUAACAGAAACUGGGGCAUGCCAUAUAUCACUGUCAUGUACAGCACCGGCCCGCUCUUCCUCUCCGUUCUCUGGAUCGAAUACAUGCGAACUGUUACCGACGAAGCAGGCCGUGUGCGUAAUCUCUUGCCAGAUGAAUACAACAAACACGCAUGGAGUUUCUUCAACAUUGUCAAAGGCAAUAGCUGGCAUGGAAAAGACGCACAGACGAUUUUCUGGAUGGGCAAACAUUGGUUCUUGCUUACGGUUGCGGGUUUUGCGAUUGCGGGAGUUGUAGGUGGAUUUCUGUGGUUGGCGUGGAAUAUGUGGGUGGUGCGAUCGGGUAAAUCGUCGAGGAGGGGAAUGGCUCUUUGGAGAAGAGUCAGUGGGAAGGAUAGAUAUGAAUUGUUGGAUCGUUCAGUGUGAUCAUAUACAUUUACUGGGAUUCGGAUGGGACUAUCAGGGUAUAUGUUAAAAUGAUAUGAUAUUUGUAAUUAUGGGAUGGGGUUUUCUGGGAUAGACAAACGAGAAAGAGGUAGAUUGUAUAGGGAUUUUAAUGGAUGAAAUGAAUUAACGGAGAAUCUUUUUACACACAAAUCGUGUUUCUGGACUUUGCCAAAUGAACACUAUUAUCCGAUCUCGCAGGCGGAUAGGUGUAAGAAUUUGGCAGCUAGGUGAUAUCAGUGUUGGUCGAUACGAGAUGAGCUAAACAUGGAGACAACAUUCACCGGGAGGAAGCUCAAGGAGGGUGAAUCGAAGUCGACGCUCACUAGGUGGCAUGUCCGGGUUUUGGCACUGUAAUUAGAUAUAUAAAGCUCAGGUGAAGACUCUCAAGUGAGAGAUCUAGAUGG